CGCACCCUCUGUCCGUUUUCAAGUUGCGCCUUCUCGCAGUAUAGUUGAAUGUACCAAAUAAACUAUAGAUUACACACACAUACAUUAGCAGGCGGAAUAUAGAAACGGCAAUAAUAACCGAAAUGGGAUAAAUCUUCCGGAUGUACGACAGGAUUGUUUUUUACAUGGCACAAACAUAUGGACCAAAGCUAAGAAGAGGUGCAUUCGCGGAUCGUUUGUAAGAGUGUCCAUUUUCUAAGAUUCAAGCUAGGACUUAAGUGCUUUGCAGUUAGUUUCCCUCCCAUCCUGGAGCCUGACCAGAAGACCACUUCGUCUGCCCCUUUUACGGCGUUGUUGUUUUGGUUCGCCGGCUGGGAUCCGAUCCAUUGUCCUGGGUGGUGGGCAAAACAGAGGAUCCGCUUCGGGAAAGUCGUAUUCCUGGUCGUAAUGAUGAACGAAGAUGCUUGAGGCAGGGAGCUAAAGGCCUCACCAGAGCGGAGUGUGUGCUAGAGCCAGGGGCUGGGGCCUGACCAGAGGCCCCUGAGAGGGUUGCAGGUCCAUGGGGACCAUGGGGGAUCCUGGAGGCUUCACCACCACAGGGGAGCGGGUGAACCCUGCCCACGUAAUGUUUGACCGCUUCACCCAGGCCUCCACCUGUAAAGGCACGCUCAAGGCCUUCCAGGAGCUCUGUGACCAUCUGGAUCUCAAGCCCUGCGAGUACCGGAUCUUCUACCACAAGCUCAAGUCCAGGCUCAACUACUGGAAGGCCAAGGCACUCUGGGUUAAGCUAGACAAGCGGGCAGGCCAGAAGGAGUACAAGAAGGGACGAGCAUGUGUCAACUCUAAGUGUCUGAUCAUUGGGGCGGGACCAUGUGGCCUGCGGACGGCCAUCGAGCUGGGCUUCCUGGGGGCCAAGGUGGUGCUGCUGGAGAAGAGAGAUGCUUUCUCCAGGAACAACGUGCUCCACCUGUGGCCCUUCUCUAUCCAGGACCUCAGGGGCCUCGGGGCAAAGAAAUUCCACGGAAAGUUCUGCGCUGGAGCCAUCGACCAUAUCAGUAUCCGCCAGCUCCAACUGAUGCUGCUAAAGGUGGCCCUGCUCCUGGGCAUCGAGAUCCACGUCAAUGUGGAGUUCAAGGGUCUCAUCGAGCCCCCCGAGGACCAGGAGAACGAGAGGAUAGGGUGGAGGGCUGAGGUCCACCCCAGGACACACCCAGUCAACGAGUUGGAGUUUGACGUCAUCAUUGGGGCCGACGGAAGAAGAAACACGCUGGCAGGGUUCAGGAGGAAGGAGUUCCGAGGCAAGUUGGCCAUCGCCAUCACGGCCAACUUUAUCAACAGGAACACCACGGCCGAGGCCAAGGUGGAGGAGAUCAGUGGAGUGGCCUUCAUCUUCAACCAGAAGUUCUUCCAGGACCUCCGGGAAGCCACGGGAAUUGACCUAGAAAACAUUGUCUACUACAAGGAUGACACGCACUACUUUGUCAUGACUGCCAAGAAACAGAGCCUGCUGGAGAAGGGAGUCAUUCUGCAUGAUUAUGCAGACACAGAGAUGCUGCUGUCUAGGGCUAACGUGGACCAGGAGGCUCUUCUCUCUUAUGCCCGCGAGGCCGCAGACUUCUCCACCAACCACCAGCUGCCCACUCUGGACUUUGCCAUCAACCACUACGGACAGCCCGACGUGGCCAUGUUCGACUUCACCUGCAUGUACGCCUCAGAAAAUGCGGCGCUCGUGCGCCAACGCAAUGGUCGCCAGCUACUGGUGUCUCUGGUGGGGGACAGUCUACUGGAGCCCUUCUGGCCCAUGGGAACUGGUAUAGCCCGGGGUUUCCUGGCAGCCAUGGACUCGGGCUGGAUGGUGAAGAGCUGGGCCCAGGGAAACACCCCUCUGGACGUGCUGGCUGAGAGGGAGAGCAUAUAUCGCCUGCUGCCUCAGACAACGCCAGAGAACAUCAGUAAAAAUUUCAGCCACUACAGUGUGGAUCCCACCACGCGCUACCCUAACAUCAGCCUCCACUUCCUCAGGCCCAACCAGGUACAACACCUCAUUGACACAGGGGAUUCAAGCCGUGAAAUGCGUAUCGAAAUGGAGAAUGUAGUGACCUCGUCAACACCCAAGCUCACCCGAAAUGAGUCCAUCGCUCGCUCCAGCAAGCUGCUGAACUGGUGUCAGAGACAGACAGAGGGCUACAGGAAAGUCAGUGUGACCGACCUCACCAUGUCCUGGAAGAGUGGCAUGGCCCUGUGUUCCCUCAUCCACCGCUACAGACCUGACCUCAUUGACUUUGACUCCCUGGACGAACGGGACCAACAGAAAAACAACCAGUUGGGCUUCGACGUGGCCGAGCGGGAGUUUGGAAUCUCCCCCUGCAUGACGGGCAAGGAGAUGUCCCAGGUGUCAGAGCCCGACAAGCUCUCCAUGGUCAUGUACCUCAGCCAGUUCUACGAGAUGUUCAAGGACACAGUUCCCCCUGGGGCCGGAGAUAACCAGAACAUGAGCCCUGAGGAGAAGGCUGCGUUGAUCAACAGCACUAAGUCUCCCAUCUCCUUCCUUAGCAAGCUGGGCCAGAGCAUCGCCAUAUCCCGCAAACGCAACCCCAAGGACAAGAAGGAGAAGGAUGUGGAUGGUUUGGGGAAGAGGAGGAAGACUAGCCAGGCUGGCCAUUCUGAAGAAGAGGAGGUUUUGAGGGGUAACCAUGAUGACAGGCCGUCCAACAGUACUGCUCUAACAGAGAGGAAGAUGAAGGAAGAGACAGCAGCUGUAGGGAACCAUAACAAAGUCAAGUCCAUGGCCACCCAGCUCCUCGCCAAGUUUGAGGAGAAUGCUCCUGCAGAGUCCAAGGGCCUCAAACGACAGGGGGAUUCUCUGCCCAAUCUGGAUCUUCUUGUGGCACAGCCCCCUCCCCUGCCUCCUGCCCCCCUGGACCCCCCCAGGGAGUCUGUCUGCCUAGCUCUGGUCCCUGCAUGGAGACAGAAGCAAACCCAACAGCAGGAGCAGCUCAGCUUUGGCUAUAAGGAGAUGUUCAAGUGUCAGACCCUAUCCAACAGAGGGGAGCAGGGUUCCCUGAGGAAGGAGUUUCCCCAGAACAUCGGGGGCAGUGACGUGUGCUUCUUCUGCCGGAAGCGUGUGUACGUGAUGGAGCGGCUGAGUGCCGAGGGCAAGUUCUUCCACCGUAGCUGCUUCAAGUGUGACUACUGCGGAACGACGCUUAGAUUGUCAUCCUACGCCUUCGAUGUGGAGGAUGGGAAGUUUUACUGCAAGCCGCACUACUGUUACCGCUUGUCUGGUCAGGCUCAGAGGAAGAGGCCAGCACCGACCUCUACUCUGCUCAAUACAAAGGACAACCAGGCGUCCUUGCCCGUCAUGGUCACCGUGGACUCCCCCGGGAGGGGGGAGAUGGCAUCCCUGUCUCCCGCUGAGCGCCAUACCUCAGUCCCAGAGGUCAACGGGCUGCAGGAGCCCAGCCUGCCUAAGCGUCAGCGGGGCACUCCGGAGCGCAUCGAGCUGGAGAACUACCGUCUCUCUCUACAGCGGGAGGAAGAUCUGGAGGAGGUGCCCGAGGAGACGCUGGCUGAACACAACCUGAGCAGCGUGCUGGACAAGGACAAACACGCAGAGCUGGGCUCCAGCAGCUCUGAGUCUGACAUGGAGGAGGAGGACCAGGAGGAUGAGGACCAUGAGGAGGAGGAGCAGCAGGAGCCCCCCAGCCCCUCAGACCUGGGAGGGGUACCCUGGAAAGAGGCUGUGGAGAUCCAUGCUAAGCUGAAGACCGACAGCGACCCAGGGGCCGAGGCAGAGGAUGGGGCUCAAAUUGUUAGAGACCUAAAGGUGGAGGAGGAGGAAGAUGAUGAAGAGGAGGACGAUGAGGAGGAAUCGAGUGAUGAGGGGGAGUACUGCCCGUGGGAGAGGGAGCUCCAGUCAGGUGUAUGGCUGGAGAACCUCAAAGAUGAAGAGGAUACAGUCUACCCCCUACACCUCCAUACAGCCAGAUACCUGCAGAUCCAGCAAGCGCUGCAGCCUGUGGAUCCUACAGUCAUUAAGAAUAUCAGAGGAGUCUCCGUGCUGUCGGAGGGGCCUCCUGCCUCAGCCUCCCAGCCCUCCUCCACAGCCCCCGCCAACACAUCCGCCCGUCAUGAGGCUGUGCGAGUCUGGUUGGAGUCGGUGUCUGGAGUAAUGGAUCAGUGCAUGUCUGUCUCUAACCACCAAUCAUGUCAUGAGACCUGUGAGGAUGAGGACCCGGAAGUAGAAGUUGGCAGCCAUGAUUUUGAGCCGGGCACCGAGAUGGAUCAGGAAGACAUUCCCUCCGACGCAGAGGAUGAGGCUCUUCUACACCAGUCAGAGAUCAGUGAAGCGUUUCCUGAAGAGGACAAGAAGUCGGAAAGUCAGGGGCUCGCCUUCAGCAUUGAACAGUCUAGUGUCAGUCCAGUGAAGUUAGUUGGGGAAGUUGUGCUCUUGCCAGUCAAACCACCGACUCCACAGCCUGAUUCACAGAUGUCUCACCCCUCUCCCUGCCUGGUCAAAUCCCCUGGCAUGCUUUUCCCCGAACCUUUUCCACUGGAGGACAUCACAACACCACAGAGGACAUCUCAGACUCCCAAUGCCAAGAGCCCUCCAUACCUUGCCCCCACUAUGUCCCCCAUCCGCUCCCCUGUUUGUUCCCCCGUCCAUUCCCCUAUCUGCUCCCAGCCUGUCCCACUACUCGAAACCGUUACCACCAAAUCCCCUGUUAACUCUCCGCCAUGCUCCUGUCCCCCGACAGAGAACCCGCUGUCUCCCAUCUGUGCCCAGCCACUGCCCUGCCAAGAGCCUUCCUCAUCCCUCACCUCCGACUCCCCCGUCAGGACUCAGCCUGUCCCUGCAGUCACCUCCACACCGCUGGUUAAACCAGCCUCAUCUGACAGCGCUAUCCCCGAGCCACAAAAAUCCCUAGACUCAUCAGACCUGGAAACCCCUGUCAAGAAGACGGACAUCAUCGAGGAGUUCUGGCUGAAGAGUGCAGAGAUCAGAAAGAGUCUGGGUCUCACCCCAAUGGAACGUAGCAGCAGCAAAUCCCCAGAGAAGAGUCCUGUUACUGUGGGUAGGGUUCCCACCCCGGACUCCUCUUCGCCCAAGUCCUACACCCCAGAGGACUUGUCGGAGCAGCUUUCCUCCUUCACCAGCCGCUCGGUAAUCCGCAGGCUGAACAUUACAGUGGAGGGCCAGGUCAUCUCCCCUGUGGAGCCCAAGAGCAAAGCCACGGAUCAAAGGGACCUAAGUAGCAGCUCUGGCCUGGGCCUCAAUGGCAGCACGACCACCAGCCAGACCAGCCAGGCAGCCAGCGACAGUUACAACACCUCCGACUCCACCAUGCUCACCCCGCCCUCCAGCCCCCCGCCACCCCCACCCAACGAGGAGCCAGCCACCCUAAGGCAGCAGCAGAAGAACCAUGUCUCUUGGAACAAUGGGAUCGAUGGCCCCACUACACCUGAGCCAGCCAAGGCAGCACCCACCAAGAUCAAGAGCCCUGUGCCUGUACCGAGGACCCAACUCAGCCCUGUGUCUGUGCCCAAGCCUGCCCCCAGGGCUACACUGGUCACUUCACCAAUCACAGCUCCGGUCAAUGCUCCUGUGGUGACCAUGAGACGGGAGAAGAUCAGCAAACCACGUCGGGAGGAGGUGAGGAAGUCAUUUGUAGAAUGCGUGGCAGAGAUCCCGUUUGCAGACGACGUGGAGGACACGUAUGACGAGCGGACGCCAGACACAACCAUGGACAGGUUCUACACCCCACCCACAAGCAGGCCCAACAGGGAGAGGGAGAAACCUCCUCUUCACUUGGCCCUGGCUAUGGAGAAUGGAACAGCCAAUUUCCCCGGGAACCAGCAGGCCUCAAAAAACCAUAAGGCCCAGCAGUUCUCCCCUGAGGCCAAGGAAAUAGCUGAAGAGCGGAUGAGAGCCAGAGAGAAGUCAAUCAAGAGCCAAGCUCUAAAAGAUGCUAUGGCCAAGCAGCUCAGCAAGAUGAAAGAGACGGACAUGGCCAAGGGUUCUGCCGCCACUGCUAAAGUGGUGUGGAAUGUAGCCUCAUCAGAGACAUCCGGAAAAAGUACUAAGAAGUUGUCCGGCUCGCCAAAGACAUCUGCGGUGAUUGCUCUGGAGUCAAAUAAGGCGGAGACUUUGCCAGAGCUUUUCUUCAGCAUUCAGGUUAACAAGAGUCUGGACGGCUCGACUGUGUCCUCUGACGGCUCCGCCUCGGGAGGCAAGAGCAAGAAGCGCAGCUCCCUUUUCUCGCCACGCAAGAACAAGAAGGAGAAGAAAGCCAAGAACGAGAGCCGACUCUCCUACAAGCACGGUGCAGACGAGACGCCGUCGCCUCCCAAACACAAGUCCCUGUGGAAGGCAGUGUUCUCAGGGUACAAGAAAGACAAGAAGAAGAAUAAGGAUGACAAGUCGUGUCCCAGCACGCCGUCCAGCUCUACCACCAAUGACUCAGGGAAGAAGAGAUCAUCUCCUCUCGGGAGGUCAUCAGAUUUGAAGUCGCGCCGAAACCGGAGCUUCUCUGAGGACUCAGAUCUGUCAUGUGAUGAUGUGCUGGAGAGGUCGUCCCUGAAGUCUAAGGCAGAUUCUGUUUAUGUCCCUCACGCAUUGGCGUUCAAGAGAGCGUACGCCACAAAGAAAACCUACACAGAGGAGGAGCUCAAUGCCAAGCUGACACGGAGGGUACAGAAAGCUGCCCGGCGACAGGCCAAGCAGGAGGAGUUGAAGAGGCUGCACAGAGCCCAGAUCAUCCAGAGACAGCUGGAGCAGGUGGAGGAGAAGCAAAGACAGCUGGAGGAGAGGGGCGUGGCCGUGGAGAAAGCCCUGCGAGGGGAAGCAGUUGAGCCCUUUGUCGGGACCCCUCGCCGAAGACCUAUCUCCUUCUGUCCCUGCUGUUCCUCUGAAGGGAUGGGCAAAAAGGACGACCCCAAGCUCAUGCAGGAGUGGUUCAAACUGGUGCAGGAGAAAAACGCCCUGGUGCGAUACGAAUCUGAGCUGAUGAUAUUUGCACGAGAACUGGAGCUGGAGGAUCGCCAGAGUCGACUGCAGCAGGACCUGAGGGAACGAAUGGCAAUUGAAGACCACAUGAAGACGGAGGUAGAGCUGGCGCAGGAGAAGCACAUCCUGAAUGAGAUGCUGGAGGUGGUGGAGCAGAGAGACUCCCUGGUAGCCCUCCUGGAGGAGCAGAGGCUCAGUGAGAAGGAGGAGGACAAGGACCUGGAGUCUGUCAUGCUCUCCAAGGGCUUCAACCUCAACUGGGCCUGAGGAGGAGAGACUAAACUCACCAUCCACCGUAACUCAAAUAAUACACUACCCCUGCUCUGUGUCAGGGCUCAGUGAAGGCCCAACCCACGGCCUCAUGCUCGGUCCCAGAUAACCCAGUAGAGAAUGUGUGCAGAAUGGAGUUGUUCCAUUACGGCUCCUCUGUUGGAGCAGUCUAUAAUGUUUACAUAUCUACCCUGCCACCAGCCAGGCAUCAUUACCUCCAGUGAUAUCUCCCCUCACUAUCAAAUCACGGUGGGAGGAGCAACUACAUCCUGGACUGUCUCAGAACUUCAGAAGUUCUUGGAGCGGUUCUCCAGAAUGGGGAACAAUGUUUUAUUAUUUCAUUUAAUCUCAAACACGCGAAGGGAAGAAAGAGGUUAGGUCCUGCUGUUGUAAAGGAAUUCAAUGUAUGAUACCUGUUUCAAUGUACUACAUGUGUAGAACACGACAUAUUAUCAAAGCGGGGGUUUUAGAUGAGGGUAGGCCUUGACCUAUUGACUGUUACAGGGUUUCUGUGGGAAGGGGAGGAGUGGUCUCACUCUCAUUCUAUCAAUCUCAACCUAACCUCAUAACAUACUCUACUAUUGUGACUGCUGACUGGGGAGGGACAUCCUCUCCUUUAGCUGCCUUUCACUCCAAUUACACAUUGGCUUCCACAUUCUGAGGAGCCAAUAAGGAUGAGACUCUAAAAGUCCCAUCAUUUUUUUGCACAGAGAUUCACCUGAAGAGUCAACAUUAAGGAUCAAUGGAAUCUGGUCACUUGGUUGUUUUGUAUUUAUUGGCUUGGUUUUGAUAGAGAACCUGAAUUAACUGAUUUUGGUAUUUUCCGUGUUCACGGAGGAGAGUGCCUGAACUGGAGGCUCGGCGGAUUGCACAUGUGCUCUCUAUAACAUUGACUGCAAGGAAAUCAACUCAAAACUCCAUCACCAAGAAGACAUUGUGUAAUGGCUUGGAGUGGAGGCUGCUGCAGGCUCAGAAAAAUAUCCUGCGUUACAUUGUCUUUGACUCUGAAAGUUGUGCUGGUGUGAAUAGUUAACCUGUAGCAUAGAUUCAUUGACACAUGUACACUUCAGCAAGCAACCCACUUGACACAUCUCUCGGUGUCCUAGUUCUGAGCGAUCAUGUGGCUUCUCCAUACCAUGCCAUUCACCAUAAAUCACACUGAUAUUUCAUUUUAUAAUCAGUAGCCCUUAUUCAAUACUAACUGGCAUAUACCAUGAAAUGUCCUCAGUGUAGGUUAAACAGUGAAGAGAACAACAUUCGGGGCAGUGUCUUAUUGGGCUUACACAGUAUCAAUACAUCGUGUUAUCAUAAUACCAUAAGUGAACUGACAUCACUAACUGGUGUCAUGAGACACUUGCGUCAGUGGAUAUGCUUCAAUAUGGAAGUUCUAAACCACAGAACUCUGGCUUCGCUAUCCCUGGGGCUGAGGUACAUUACCUGCUUUGGAGCAAGAUGCCCUUUUCCCUUCUGUUUUAAUAUUUUUGUUUUCUUUUUAGGGUUUAAACUUUUAUGUAUCCCACCAGAAGUACAUUUCUAUAUUGUGUUUUUUGGUAAAAUCCUUUCAUACAACUACAGGUUGUCAAACAGCAGUUAUGAGUAGAAGUGGAGACAGAAAGGUUGCUCUAAACCACUUCUAUUAUGUCAGUCACAGGAGCAUGUGCUUUUGUUUGGCAUUUGACCUUACUAGCCUUUCUGCCAAACUGUAAAUCUCUGGUUGGUCACAGUUUUAUAUAUUUUUCUGUAUUGAUAGAUACAUACACUGAGAAUUUGUGUAAGAAUUAAACAGAGCUGUGAAUACAAAAAAGUUACAUAAUUUCAAGGCUGGUUUAGAUGGUGUGUGAUAAGUUUUGACAGAUUUUAUUGAUAUUUAUAAACAUGUGUGCAAAAAUGUAUCAUAUGUAAAGAAAAAUGAAUCCUAAUUUUUAAAACUGUAUGUUGACAAACACGACAAAUAUGUAAAUGCUGCUUCAUUUAGCCAAAAUGCAUAGGGUGUUGGAUGUAUGCUGAAACGGCAAUAAAGCAAUGCGGUUGUUCAUUUAGAAA